CACUGCCAUGCAUUGUCGAGCAGAGGGCGCUGGCUGGACGAGAAUCAUAGCGGCUGGCAACCAGACAGCUGUAUGAUGCACACGUAUCAGGAGAAGGAUAUCAAGUCUUGCUUGCAGUCGAAACAACUGGUCUUCAUUGGAGACUCCGUCACGCGACAGCUUUACUUCCAGAUGGCGCACGCUCUUGAUUCCUCUCUCCCCUCCGCGCCCACGGACGAUGACCGCAAGCAUGCUAACUACGACGUGACGACGUCGCACGAUGUCAGGCUAUCAUUCUACUGGGACCCUUUCCUGAACACAUCCGACGCGCUGUCAUUCAUACGGCCAUCUAGUCGCUCUAGAUUUCCGAACGCCUUCGUCGAUGAACGGCCUGGGAUGCUUGUUCUCGGAACAGGCUUGUGGUACCUGCGCUAUGCGGAUACCUCUGGAGGCCUGCCUGCUUGGGAAGCCGUGAUAGAGAAUGCCCUCGAAGCUCUGUCAUUAACGCAAGACAAACCAGCCGACCUAGUGGUCGUGCUUCCGGUUGAGGAAGUCGUUCCUUCGAAGCUCUCGCCUGAACGUGCUUCCACUAUGCACGCUUCCGACAUCGAUGCUAUGAACUCCGAUUUGGCUCACCGCAUCCUGCCGCCCUCAUUGACCGACCCUUUUGCUUUCUUCAGCCCAUCCGACGGACCCCUCCCAGCGUCCUUCCCAUCCGUGUUCAAUCAGAUGCUAGACCCUUCUCAAACGGAGGAUGGUCUCCAUUUUUCUGCGAGUGUAGUCAAGAUGCAAGCUAGCAUUCUGCUCAACCUGCGAUGUAACGACGAGUUGGCGAAGGUGCCUCCAUUUGACACAACAUGCUGCAGGCGUUAUCCGUGGCCUUCUUUGCUUCAUUUACUUGUCGUGUCGGCCAUCAUAAUCUGGGGACCGCUCUGCUGGUUCCUUGCUCGUCGGUAUAGCCCACGGACAGCUGAUAACCCCCUAGUACCGAAAGAACAGCUUCCAUGGCUUGUUAUCAGCGUCUCGGUUGCUCUAAUCUUCAUCGCUGACCGCACUGGCUAUUGGCUGAAGGAACACAAGCAGUUCAACCCCUGGACAUUUGCUUUCCUCUGUGUCCUCUGCCUCGUCAUUGGCCUCCUGACUGUCAAGCGCGCAGACAGGGACCAAGGGAUCUUGAACAGAGAUCAGACUGACGAGUGGAAAGGCUGGAUGCAAAUUGCCAUCCUGAUAUAUCAUUACCUUGGAGCGUCCAAGAUAUCUGGGAUCUACAACCCUAUUCGAGUGCUGGUCGCUUCAUACCUAUUUAUGACUGGGUACGGCCAUGCCACAUUCUACUUGAAGAAGGCCGACUUCGGUUUCAUUCGUGUUGCUCAAAUUCUUGUCCGUCUCAAUCUCUUCACGCUGGUGCUGGCGUAUACGAUGAACACAGAUUAUCUCUUCUACUACUUCUCACCGUUGGUAUCCUGGUGGUAUCUGAUCGUCUACGGCACCAUGUUCGUCGGCUCGCGGUUCAAUGACAGCACACCUUUCCUUGUCACGAAGUGGCUGCUUUCGAUGGCACUUGUCACCAUCGCCAUGAGAGCUACCUGGCUCUUGGAAGGCGCGUUUGUCUUCUUGGAACGGGUAUGCGGCAUUCACUGGUCGGCACGCGAAUGGGCUUUCCGGGUCAACCUGGACAUCUGGAUCGUCUAUGUGGGGAUGUUUUCUGCGCUAGCCGUCAUCAAGUCCAGAGAAUAUCGUAUCACAGACCACCCGCGCUGGCCCAUGGCCGUGAAGGUUGCCGCGGCCACGUCCGUGCUAGCGCUGAUCUGGUUCUUUGCCUUCGAGUUGUCCAUGAACAAGUUCGACUACAACCUCUACCACCCACUUGCCUCGUGGAUUCCCGUCCUUGCCUUUGUGAUCCUCCGCAACUCGACUGAGGCCCUACGUGCCACAUCUUCUCGGGCAUUCGCCUUCAUCGGCAGAUGCUCUCUCGAGACCUUUAUCAUCCAGUACCACUUCUGGCUCGCAGGAGAUACGAAGGGCAUCCUCGUCGUUAUCCACGGACAGCGCUGGCGUCCGCUCAACUUGGUCCUCACGACGCUCAUGUUUAUCCUUGUCUCACACUAUGUGGCUAUCGCGACUGGCGAGCUCACGAAGUGGAUAUGCAAUGAGAAGCCGAGGGGCGCGUUGCCGACAACGAUAGACAACACCCAUUCAUCGAGUAUUGCACAAGAGAUCAUAUUCCAAGCACCGGAUGAGGCUCUCGAGCUUCCCGUGCGGAAGGAUGAGGAUGGAAACGCCCUCCCGCCAGAACCGGACACGCCAACGCGCCCUCCCCGCCGCUGGGUAGACCGCCUCGCAGAUGGCUCGCCUUCACCAAGUUCGCGAGGGUUCCGACUUUGGUAUGGGGAGACGGAGUGGAGGCCGGGUGUCAAAAGUAAAUUGCCCAUUGCUGUCGCAGUGAUGUGGCUGUUGAACAUGCUAUGGUCCUAUCCAACGCCAAGCGGUCCAUGAUAGUAUACAACUGAUGUAAUGCACUGUGUAAUACAACAGUAGAGCUACAGUAGACUAAGAUAGAAAUAAUAUCCCAUUGAUAUCCCGGUUAUGAGCUAGCGCAAACCAUAAGCACUACCGACUAUCGUGCAUACAGCUAUAUUGUCUCAAGGCACAAGGACAGCAAUAAGUUUUUCGUCAUAUGUAGAGAGUCUGAGAUGGGAUGUGUUAGUCAUGCGCGAGGUAAAGGGCAGCGGAUUGCUCGGAAAUUUGGGUAUAUGAUGACCGUUCAUCAGCCCGAAGGCUUCGAAGUAGCGAUUCAUUGUUUCUCGUCAUCGCAUUCAUGUGUAUCGUGAGUACUUACCGUGUGCAGGCAAAGUGAAA